GCCAGCACGUACACGCGGGGUCACUCCCAUGGGGCAUUGAGAAGAGCCUCAAUGUGGGGGUAAACCCGGCAGACUUUCCAUACCGGAGCUUUGCUUUGCGUCUUUCUAACCCGUACAUAACUGCACUGUCGCCCGCUUCUGCUUCCAAUUCUCUUCACGCAAUUCACACAUCUAUACCCUCUAUUUUCAAGACAACUUUCCUCCCAAAGACACUUAGCUACCAACAGAAUACACCGCAAUCAUGUCUAUGUCCAUUGAUGAGUGCCAGCAGCCGCGUGCCGGCUUCCCCAAGGCGGUGCCGGACACGCCAGUCAAUGUCAUGGAGCAGUUCGGCAUGAAGGGCAAGGUCAUUGUCGUGACUGGUGCUGCAGAGGGGAUUGGCGGCGCGGUAGCAGAUGCUAUGGCGGAGGCGGGCGGUAAUGUUGCGCUGUGGUACAACUCGAACGAGGCUGCGGUCAAGAAGGCAGAGCACCUGGCCAGCACACACGGAGUGAAGACGAAGGCAUACCGGGUAAACAUCACGGACCCCGAAGCCGUCGAGCAAACAAUCGCGCAAGUAGUCAAAGAUUUCGGCAAAAUGGACGUCUUUGUCGCAAACGCCGGAACCGGCGACUCGAAGCCCCUCCUCGAACAAAGCCUGGACUCAUACAAGAACCUCAUGUCAGUCAACGUCGACGGGCCCGUCUACUGCGCCAAAUACGCCGGCGCAGUCUUCAAGUCGCAAGGCUUCGGCAACCUGAUCCUCACGUCGUCCAUCUCGGCGCACAUUGUCAACGUGCCUGUCGACCAGCCCAUCUACAACGGCACCAAGGCGUUUGUGUCGCAUCUGGGCAAGAGUCUGGCGCGCGAGUGGCGCGAGUUUGCGCGCGUGAAUAUUGUGAGCCCGGGGUUCUUUGAUACAAAGAUGGGGGCGGGGCCGAAGGUUAUCAAUGAGGGGUUGAGGAUGAUUCCGUUGGGGAGACAGGGCAACGUGAAGGAGAUCAAGGGCCUGUUCUUGUAUCUGGCGAGUGAUGCGAGUAGUUAUACGACGGGGAGUGAUGUGUUGGUUGACGGUGGGUAUGUGCUGCCAUAGUGUGGAGCGGAGUAGGAUGGGAAAAGUAGAGACUUUUGUGCAUGAUGAACUGAUCGCUCUACCUACCGCCUGGGUCAAUUCACGACCCUUGUAAUUGACG